UCCAAUGGUGAAAUUCUGUUAAUUAAUAAAUACUAAACUGCAAAUAACAUCCGGACAGUUCAGAAAUAUUACGCUACAUUUCGUUUGAAUAAAUCGGUUAUUUCUGAUAGAGCAUUUGUCAGGGUAUUUACUACCUAAUAUUUCCAAAUAAAAUUUUUUAUUCCGAGUUCCGUAGCUUUCAAAUUCUACUGCCCGCAGAGAUGUUGAAAUAAAACCAGAGGAAUCUGCAUUAUCAGCACUGUUGCUGUCACUACAAAAGAAGAAGGGGAAGAAUGUAUGUUUUACCGCGUAAACCACUCAGUGUGGUAGUUCGGGGCACCAUGUCAUUGUCAAUUUGUAAAUGAAAUUUAUCGAUAUUUGAUUAUUUCAAGUUGAAGAGUACGACUGGACGAACACGAAAAUCCACGUGUAAUCAUGCACCGACAAUCUUCUAGUCAACAAGAAAUAAGCCUGAACCUCUGAAGAGAUUGGAGCGAUGAAAUGUAAGUUUCUAGACGAAGUCGAGGAAUCUGUAGAUAGAAAAACUCCAACACGUUUUGAACUCCUUCGACAGUCGUUCUGAUUCAGGAAGAAGUGUAAGACACUUGAAUACUCUCAGAUGAUACCUAAUUCAUCAAUUCUCAGUUAACAUCUAAACUCCAAAGUCAGUUCUCUCGGAUCCUAAAUUACCAGAACUGUCAAUAAAGCCCUGAAGUGAGUUUACAAUCAUGGCAGACAGUGAUUCAGAUGUAGAUGAUGUUCUGAACAAUCUCCUGGCCAACGAAGACGACCUCUCAACUCCUAGAGAUUCAGGAGAACCCCUAAAAGAUGGCCUCAACAAAUCCCGGACUGGUAAUUCCCCAGAAGAGACUUUAAAAAGCCUAAAUACCCGAGUAAAUAGUCAAAAUUCCCAGGAAAAGGAAACCAAUCAUGUGAAAUCAUUGAUCUCAGAAUCUAAAUCGAACAGUGAUUCAGAUGAAGAUGACAUUCUGAACAACCUCCUAGCCAACGAAGAAGAUGCCGUUACCCCUGCGGGUCCCCCAAAAGUUCUCAAAGAACUAGACUACAACUUUCUGGACAAGCUCAAUGAAUCUCCUCCAAAAGCCCCUCCACAAAAAUCCCAAACGCUCCUCUACAACGAUGAGGACUCCUCAGACGACGAGGAUAAAAAAUACUUCGAAACUCAGAAGUACUCGGACUCUGGUAGAAGCAUAAGAGACCUCUUGAAGCAUCAGAGCACUCCAAAAAAAGACACUCCAAGUCCAUUCGCCAAAAGAACAGGAGCAGCGCCCAAAGCAUCAGCUCCACAAAGCGAUGACCCCAAGAAGAAGUCAGGGACAGCCCUGACCACCUGGUUAUCGAAACCUCCCGACGUCUACAGCGACCCAGUCUUCGGCCUCCGCAUAGUAAAGCCCUUGAUCUCCUCCAAGGAAUUGAAGGAACGAAUGCAGGACAGAAAGCCUAUCACAGUAUCCAAGAUAAAGAGCUUCCUUGCCACUCAAGAUCAAUCCCAGGACUGGGUAAUUGCUGGGGUUCUGAUUCACCGUUCAACAACAAAAAAAUCCCAGAAUGGAAACCAAUACUGCAUCUGGCAGAUUAGCGAUUUAUCCGACAAAAUUCCCAGUGUCUCGUUGUUCCUUUUCAGUGGAGCGUACAAACUCUUCUGGAAGACAUCCGAGGGGACAGUUGUGGGAGUCCUCAACCCCAACGUUAUGGAGUCGAGGAAUGACAAGGCCGAGGCAACAUUGUCUAUAGACAAUGCCCAGAAGAUCAUGAUACUGGGACAUUCUCGUGAUCUGGGAAGAUGCAAAUCUGUUAAGAAGAGCGGUGAUCCCUGCACAAACGUCAUCAACAAGAGUAGAUGUGAGUACUGCAUCUAUCACGUGAAGCAGGAGUACAGCAAGGCAUCGAGAAGGGUUGACUUACAGACUGACUCCAGCAAUCGGAAGAUUGGGAACUUUGGGCAGCCCCAGCAGAACCAAAGGCUUGGAGGGAUGACCUCACAGGGAAAUGGACUCAAUCACCUGAAUAUGCUGGCCAUUCCGGCUAAGAGAAAUCAUAAGAUGGAGCAGAGAGACUCGGAGAGACUGGCACUGCUCAGGAAGGGGUCGAACGAGGUUCCUAAAUGUCAGGAGGUGGGUAACAAACUGGGAGAAUUGGAGAGGUUUGGCGCCAGCAGGGGCUGGAACAGCAGACCUGGUCUGUCUUUGUCAUCGAUAUCGAAUUUGUCGAAGGGGUCUCCAAAGGAUUCUUCAUCGCCAGUUGGUGCACAGAAGACUGCUUCAGUGAAGCCAUCGAGUUUAUCAUCAAUAUACAACUUGUCGAAGGGAUCUCCAAAGGAUUCUUCAGGAUCAACUGCAGGACAGAAUGGUACUUUGACGAAGCCAUCGGUGGUGUCCCCUAGGGCGUUACUUCCACGUCUGGGUUAUGGAGUUGUUGGAGACACCAUCGACUUCUCUCAGCCAAUCGUUAAGAAGAGCGUCAGUUCCGCCAAGAUGAGUGCGAUUAAGUGGGCGAAGGAGAAGGGUGGGAUCAAGUCAUCGGGGAACGCCAAUAAAAUUCGUGAGAGCAAGGAAAAAAUCGAGAACUCAGCGAAGAGAAAACGACAGGAGGCAGAUGAUGAAGCUAGAGAGAGGGAGAAGGACACGAAGAAGGUGUGCUCAACGUCUGAUAAAUUUAAGGAGCUGAUGGAGAUGACUUCUGCUCAUGAGGAUCUCAUCGAGAAGUCCGAUGAGAAUGAUAAGGAAAAGUAUUUUAAUAAGUUGGAGGCUAAGGAGCGAAUGGAGGAGAAGAUGAUGACGACAUUUAAAGUCGAUUGCAAGGCAGUUAGGUGUCUCAUCUGCAAGUACACGUCGUUCUCAGCAUCGGAUAUUUGUAAAGAGAAGAGACAUCCUUUGAGAGUAAUCGAAGCUGUCAAGAACUUUUUCAAGUGCGCCGAUUGUGGAAACAGAACGGUGAGUCUGGAUAAACUGCCCUCGUACAGCUGCCAGAAAUGCUCGGGCUCUAGGUGGCUCAGGGCUGCUAUGAUGGACGAGAAGAAGAUCAAUAUUACGGAUAAUGUUCUGUCCAUUCGAGGGGGAGAGGAGAAAUUCGUAGGCGCAGAUGUUAAAAAUUCUAGUAUCAAUCUUCUUGUACCUAGUGAUGAUGUCUAGUUGCAAAUCAAGAGGUUAUUUUUGAUGGGAUAUUUUUUAACAGGAGUUAAAUUGUGAAAUUUUUUGAAUGAACUUGAAAAAUGAAAUGUUUUAAAUCAUGACUUGAGACAAUAUAUCUCUUAUUUAUGAUAAAUGAUAAGAUAUUUUUUGAAUAAAUAAAAUUGAGGGAUGGAAUAAUGCAAAUCGUGAUUAUGAUAAAAUUACACAAGACUUAUCACCUUCCAUCUUCAUUUUAAUUUCCAAACUUGAAUUAAUCAUUUGUUUUUCUCCAUAAAUCAUCGGUGUAUCAUUGUUGGAAUGUGACUGUAUGUGAUCACCACGACCUGUUCAAUCCUCGUUUCGUAACAAGACAUAUAAUAUAAUAUAGAACUUCUUUAAUCGUUAUUUUUUCUGAAAAAUAUUCGAGCAGUGUCGCGACAGAAGUCGUGACUGAAUUUUCGUGAUUCUCGUCAUUUUAAAAUUCUCUUUUGACCGAAGCAGAUCACUACCUGCGUACGAAUUUGAUAUAUAUUUUUAUCACUCACACAACCACGAAUCUUCUCGAUUGACGUCAAAGAGUGACAGGCAUCGUCUGUUUCAAUAGUUAUUAUUGUAUCUUUUUAAUUUAUGUAAAAAACAUGAGGCAAUGUCGAGGACGCAGAUUUAACUGUUUCAUCACUAAUCUAUCAUUUCAUCUUUGCUGGUAGUGUACGCUCUGAUAACGAUGAAAUUAAGCGAAAGACAAUCGUUGGAUAGAAAAAAAGUGAUACCUAGAUCCCCACAAUUAUAUUGAAAAUCUCUAAGUACAAUUUUCCUAAUUAUUUCAGAUUAAUUUUUUCAAGCAUAUAAUUUCGAUAAAUGAAUGAAAUCUCUAGGGAUAAUGAUACAAUUCUUUCGAGUUUAAUUACGAGACACAAAUCACACUUUUAUGCAUCUUGGAACCUUCCGUUAUACGAUAUUUAUUUAUUAAUCCCAAAGAGGUCAGUUUUUUUUCCACAUUCGUUUUUUGCAAUCCAUGCAUUUCAAAACAACAGAUUCUAGCAAUAUUUGAUUUUUAUGGGGUCAAGUUUGGACUUUUAAUUUCCAGUUAUUUAAUGAUCGUGAGAGAAAUAAUUGUCAGAGAUGACCCAUUUGGGAUUAAAACCAUUCAAGAACAAAUAAGAAAAACAAAUAAUGAAGAACAACAAUAUUUCUUUUCACCAAUUGCACAUCGUCAUUACCACAAUUAAAUAAUUAUGUUGUACAGCUCUUGUUAUCGUCAAACACCUCUCGAACUCUGUCAAUAUGUCCCCGAAUUAAUACGUAAACGUCCUGAGAAGAUACGUGUUUUUUUUUUAAUUCCAAAAAACACUUCAAGAAUUUUCGUCGUUUUCCCGUGUUGAAUUUAUUUAAUGUACAGUGUUCACUCACUUCCUGGUGCUCCUAACUGGCAACAAUGUUUCAUUUGAGUUGUUUAUUUUGUUUUUCUUUAUGAUUAAUGUAGGCAGGUAUUCAAGCUGGCUUAAUUAAGUGUCACAGUCUUCGAGUUGCCCAUAAAAAUCCAUUCGAAUAUUUAUUUAUUGCUUCGAUUCCAAUUAUCAUAAACUGGAGAAAACUUCG